ACCGAGUUGCGCCACGCUAACUUCUAUCUGCUGGGAUGUGCUGAGCAGUUAUCAUCAGCAAGGCGUGGCACUUUGAUCACAUUUAUCUCAUAGUAUCGAUUAGACUACGUAGACGAUAGAACCUCGCCAAGGAAGAUCAGCUGCUCCUAAUCACCGAGAAGAAGUGUUGAAUUGUCGGAAGAAGUACAAACGGUGGCAGUAGCAUCUCCACGUCUUCAUCUUGCUGACCCUUGUAUACCAUCCUUAUCAUCCUCUUCGAUAAGCCCAACGGUAGCUACCACCUUUAGCCGCUGGUACUUUCCUAUUAUCUUCUAUCCAUCCAUUCGAUUCCUCUUCUACUGUGAUUUCUGUUGAUUCCACCAUGACGAUGAUGCCCUCCAUCCAAGAGAAUACCAUUGCCACCGACAUGUUGCCUCCGUCAAAACUGGCCCAACAUGCGCACGCGGAACAGCGGUCAUCCCACCAAGAGCGCUGGAGCGAAGCCAACAUGCAACAAGCUAUCAAAACUUGGAAGUUAACAGAUGUGGAGAUUGAGCAACUGCGGACACUCAAGGGCGCUCUUUCCGAUGUGGAUCAUUUCAAGUGCACACCCCACGAAGUGGUUCGGUAUAUUCGCGGCCCCAAGGGGUAUGAUCAAGCGGAACCCAUCUUUCGCGGUAUGAUUGACUGGCGUCAGAACUGCGACGAAGACAUUGACAACAUGUUGGAUCACUACAAACCUCCUCGAGCGCUCUACGAGUACGCCGCCAGUAGUCUCUUGGCGGGUGUCGACCACGACAAUGAUCCCGUCUACCUCGAACGAGCGGGAGAAAUGGACGGAUAUGGCUUUGUCACGCGGUACGAGUCGUCCACCAUGCGCAACGAUGUCAUUUGGCGGCGCGAGUUGACCGCGUCGGGUGCCUGGAUUAACGAUUACGAAAAGAAACACGGACAUUUGCCGCGACAAAUCACGGUCGUGUACGAUCUCAAGGGACUGUCGUCCAGGCAUAUGAAAAAGGGAGUGGGGGCAUUCUUCAAGGAAGCUGUGGGGUACACGGCAGACAAGUACUAUGGGGUAGCCAAGAGAAUGAUUAUCAUUCGAGCACCCUCGAUUUUCCGCAUGGUGUGGAGAAUUGUGCAAACUUUCUUUGCUCCGGAAGUCCGGGCCAAGAUGGUCUUUGCGGGGAAGGAUCACUUGGCCACGCUCCGCGAAUACAUGGACAUUGAUAUCCUUCCUCCCUGUAUCAACCCCGAUGGACACGGACAAGCCGCCCGUGGAUUCCCACCCAGUUUUGAAGCCGGGCUAAUCCCCGACGAUUUUGACGACAGUGACGAAUUGUGCAGCUACAGUGGCAAUACUGCCUACUCCUCCUUUUCGUCGGCAGACUCGGAACUGACGUCCUCCACUACUAGCAACAGCAGUGUUUCGGGCAAACCCUUGCUCAAAGGUUCGCUCAAGAUGUCCAAGUGUGGCAAGCUGUUUCACUUGGAUCUAUCCUCCCUCACGGUCUUUCACCAUCACAAAUAAAUGAAUGCAUGCACUUCAAUGAAUGAAUAAUAAAGGAACAAAAACAAACACACGCGCAAACUAGACCAAGAGAGACAUCACCCAGGCGGUCCAGGAAAUGGCGGACUGACCGACCGAGGAAUAUAAAGGUUCCGGCUGGACCUUCCCAAAACAACACCAACGAGCGCAAGAGCCCCCGCCCUCUACAAAAUGGAUCCCAUCUGCAUAGAGAUACAUUUACUACUUAUAAUAGGACUACUACUAGCGAAUACAUAUUAUAAAGGAAUGCACGAUGGUCCAUCCGUCCUUUGGUGUCUCAUCCGAGGGGGGGGGGGGUGCUCUCGUACGGUAGAAGCCAUGAUGGA